AUGUCAACUCAAGAUAAAGUUCUAAUGUUAGAGCGCUUACCUAGAUCGAUGAGGAAUAUGGAUAUCGAGAUGGGUACGACAAAUCCACUCAAUUCCUCAGCUUUUCAAAUAGAUCGAGACGUGCGUAUCGUGGUGCAUACGACAAAUCCACUCAAUCCCUCAGCUUCUCAAAUGGAUCGACACGGUCGUAUCGUGGUGAAUACGACAAAACCACUCAAUUCCUCAGCUUUUCAAAUGGAUCGAGACGUGCGUAUCGAGGUGAAUACGACAAAUCCACUCAAUCCCUCAGCUUCUCAAAUGGAUCGACACGGUCGUAUCGUGGUGAAUACGACAAAACCACUCAAUUCCUCAAGCCGACAUCUUGUUGUGUUUUUGCUGGCGUAUUGA